AUGCUCAGCUAUUCUAAUUCUGCAUUUUUAUUCACACAUGUACUCCCUCCAGGAGAACCAGCAUCUGAAGAAGUUUUCCUAACAAUGCCAGAAGCAGUUGUGCAGGAUUCUGGGCGGGCCAUUGUAUCUGUCAUUGGAGACAUUAUGGGAGCUGCGCUAGAAAAUAUAGACCAACUGCUUCAGAUGCCCUUUGGCUGUGGUGAGCAGAAUAUGGUCAAGUUUGUUCCCAACAUCGUUGUACUCCAAUACUUGGAAGAAACCAAUCAGGUGACUCCAGAAUUAAGGAAUCAGGCAAUAGAGCACAUGAAGAGUGGAUAUCAGCGGCAGCUGCUUUAUAAACAUGAUGAUGGACUUGAGCUGACUGCAUUUGUGGCCAAGGCUUUUGGCCAGGCAAAGUGCUACAUCUAUGUGGAUGAAAGGCAUAUUCAGAAUGCUGUGGACUGGUUGAGGAAACAUCAACUUUCCAGUGGCUGCUUUGAAAGUGUGGGGAGGCUCUUUAACAAUGCCCUGAAGGGUGGUGUGGAUGAUGACCUCUCUCUAACAGCUUAUAUCACUGCUUCUUUGCUGGAGCUGCACCUAGAGAAGAAUGGGAGCAUGGUAGAUGAUGCCUUACUCUGUCUGAAGAGGAACCUGAACUUUAUGAACAGCACCUACUCCAAGGCUUUGCUGGCUUAUAUCUUCACAUUGGCUGGGGACACAGAUAUCAGGCAACAGCUCCUCAGGGAUUUAGAGGAGGAGAUUCUCAAAAUAGAGACAUCAUCCUCACAGACUGAGAUCAUUGCCUAUUUUCUUUUGGCUUACUUGUCGAACCUGGAGGUAUCCAUAGAUGAUAUUAAGUAUGCUUCCAAGAUAGUGCAAAUCCUUGUUAAACUACAAAAUCCAUAUGGAGGCUUUUACUCCACACAGGAUACUGUGGUUUCCCUGCAAGGUUUAGCCAGGUAUGCAGCUUUGACAUUUGUUGAGAUAGAAAAUCUAAAGGUGCUGGUAAAAUCCAGCAAAGGCUUCCAGCAUGAAUUCCAUGUGAACAAGCAAAAUCGGCUGGUGCUCCAGCAGGCCUCCCUUCCAGAGAUCCCUGGUCAGUACAAGGCGGAGCUCUCAGGUCAUGGCUGUGUUUAUGUGCAGACUGUCCUUCGAUAUAACCAACCACCACAGAAGACAAAUAGUUUUACUUUGAAUGUGGAAAUAUUGCCAAAUGUGUGCAACUCCUGGAAGCAUUUUGUCAUCCUGCUAGAAUUAAGCUACAUAGGUCAACGAGAGACAAGUAAUAUGGCCCUAAUAGAAGUGAAUAUGGUAUCAGGAUUCAUUCCUCUGAAGAAAUCUGUGAAGAAGCUGGAAGGCAAAGGCCAUGUAAAGAAAGUUGAAUUUGAUCUAGACAAAAUCACUAUGUAUCUCGAUCAGCUGGAUAAUGCAAGUCAAAACUACAAUUUUGAUGUGGUACAAGAACAUGAAAUAAGAAAUCUUAAGCCUGCAAUAAUUAAAGUUUAUGAUUAUUAUUAUCCAGAUGACAAUACUGUUGUUGAAUAUAAUGCUCCUUGCAUUUUUUGUCUAUUAUUGAUUUUCUAA